CGUCAGCCCGCCUCCCGGAAGGAGAAGGCCUGGAUCCGCCCCCUUUCCGCCCGGCUUUGGUUGUCAUUGGCUGGCGGCGGGGUAUAUUAGUACGUCACUUCCGCCAGCUCGGCCUUUCCGCGCUACCCAGGGAGGGCUCCAUACGGCGUUGUUCUCGGUUCCCACGUAACUUAAAGGGAAACUUUUCACAAUGUCCGGAGCCCUUGAUGUCCUGCAAAUGAAGGAGGAGGAUGUCCUCAAGUUCCUUGCAGCAGGAACCCACUUAGGUGGCACCAACCUUGACUUCCAAAUGGAACAGUACAUCUACAAAAGGAAAAGUGAUGGCAUCUACAUCAUCAAUCUGAAGAGAACCUGGGAGAAGCUUCUGCUGGCAGCUCGGGCCAUUGUUGCCAUCGAAAACCCAGCUGACGUCAGUGUCAUAUCGUCCAGGAACACUGGCCAGCGAGCUGUGCUGAAGUUUGCUGCUGCCACUGGAGCCACUCCCAUUGCCGGCCGCUUCACUCCUGGAACCUUCACCAACCAGAUCCAGGCAGCCUUCCGGGAGCCAAGACUUCUGGUGGUUACUGACCCCAGGGCUGACCACCAGCCUCUCACAGAGGCGUCUUACGUUAACCUGCCCACCAUCGCUCUGUGUAACACCGACUCUCCGCUGCGCUAUGUGGACAUCGCCAUCCCUUGCAACAACAAGGGGGCUCACUCAGUGGGUCUGAUGUGGUGGAUGCUGGCCCGGGAAGUACUCCGCAUGCGUGGCACUAUCUCCCGUGAACACCCGUGGGAAGUCAUGCCUGAUCUUUACUUCUACAGAGAUCCUGAAGAGAUUGAAAAGGAAGAACAGGCUGCUGCUGAAAAGGCUGUGACCAAGGAGGAAUUUCAGGGCGAAUGGACUGCUCCUGCUCCCGAGUUCACUGCUGCUCAGCCUGAGGUUACAGACUGGUCUGAAGGCGUGCAGGUGCCCUCUGUACCCAUUCAGCAGUUUCCUACUGAAGACUGGAGUGCUCAGCCUGCCACUGAAGACUGGUCUGCAGCUCCCACUGCUCAGGCUACUGAAUGGGUAGGAACAACCACUGAGUGGUCCUAAGCUGUUCUUCCACAAAUUCUUAACAGAACGGAAAUAAGGUUGAUGGAAAAUAAACAGUUUCUAAAAGUCGUG